AUGCCUCUGUGGCUCGUGUACCACCCCGAAUGGACUUUCACCACCACCGAAUCCAAACAAGCCCUCGCAGCCGACAUCACAAGCAUCUACACGGCAGGCGGGCUGCCAGCCUUCUAUGUCGUCGUCAACUUCAUCCCCUUGUCUCCAGGGAGCUGUUAUGUCGGAGGACAGGCCCCCAGCAAACCAUUCAUCCGGUUGACCGUGGACCAUCUCGCCGUCCACUUUGUUGACGACAAGGCCCGGGCACUGCGCAUGAUCACCAAGAUUGACCAGGUGCUGAAGCCGCAUAUUGCGGAUAAGGGGUAUGAUUGGGAGUUUUCGAUUGAUGAGACGCCGAGGGAGUUUUGGAAGAUUAACGGGUUUAUUCCACCGCCUCAUAAGAGUCAGGCUGAGAAGAUGUGGGCUGAUUUGAACAAGGCGGUAGAGUACCAGGAUCAGGACGCAAGUGUGUGA